AUGGGGUAUCGUGAGGGAUUGAAACUGGCGCUAAGUUCUGGCUACACCUCUGUCAUGGUCGAAACGGAUUCGGAGGCUGUGGUCAAGGUUUUCUCCCAGGAUCCUGCCAACUCUCUGUUAAUGGACACCCUCAUUGUGGACUGUAACUUCCUCAUCAGACAACUUCAGGACUUUAAAUUGCAACACGUCCUUCGUGAGGAUAACCAAUGUGCAGAUUUUCUUGCGAAUCAGGGGCAAUCGUCACCUUGGGGCACCACCAUCCUCGAGACUCCGCCCGUAGACCUUGCCAACCUCUUGGAUCAUGAUGCGAAAGAUGUCUCCUUCAGGCGUAUUCGUUAA